GGGUACGCGCGAGCCGAGGCAGCGCAGCAUCUCGGUGUUAGGGCAGGAAGAAUGAAGACAGAGCCGCUGCGGCUCGGUGACAGCAGCGAGCAGCACAACUCAUAGGGAAGGUACAGGAAGCCAGUUCUGAUAAGUACUAAGAUUUGAAGCCACAACUAGUUGAAUUCAGACAAGAGGCACAAACCCAUUUCAGAAAAUCUGGCUGCUCACAUGAAUGAAAAUAGGCCUUUGACAUGAAGAAAGAUUUAGAAGCAUUAAUUGCAGAAGAACGGGCUGAAAUAAUUUCCAAUUAUAACAAGGGCAGGCAAGAUGGGGCAUCAGUUGAUCCAUGGGAAGAUUUCAAUUUAUACAAAGUUGUGGACAGAUUUGGCUUUCUGCAUGAACAUGAGCUGCCUACGCCAACUGUAUUGGAGGAAAGGCUUAAACAUUUGGAGAUUGAAAGAAUACCCAAAUGGGUCAAAAUGGUUAAAAAAUGGGACAAGUACAGAAACAGUGACAAGAUGAUCCGUAGGAUUUACAAAGGAAUCCCACUACAGCUUCGGGGUCAGAUUUGGUCACUGCUAUUAGAUUUGGAAAAAUUGAAGUCGGAGAAUGAAGGGAAAUAUGAGAAAAUGAAAAUACAAGCACAGUCUGUUUCGGAAGAUAUUAAACAAAUAGACCUUGAUGUAAAUCGCACUUUUAGAAACCAUAUCAUGUUCCGGGAUCGAUAUGGAGUGAAACAGCAAGCUUUGUUUCAUGUACUCGCUGCCUAUUCUGUAUACAACACGGAGGUGAGCUACUGUCAAGGAAUGAGCCAGAUCGCAGCCAUUCUACUAAUGUAUUUGAAUGAAGAAGAUGCAUUCUGGGCUCUUUCUCAGUUACUGACUGAUCAGAAACAUGCGAUGCAUGGAUUUUUUAUUCCUGGAUUUCCAAAGCUCCAACGUUUCCAGGCGCACCAUGAUCAGAUUUUAAGUAAACUCAUGCCAAAGCUCAAGAAACAUAUGGACAAAGAGCAAAUGUCUACAGGAAUAUACACCACAAAAUGGUUCUUACAGUGUUUCAUAGAAAGAACACCAUUUACACUCACACUGCGGUUAUGGGAUAUCUACAUUCUGGAGGGGGAAAGAGUCCUUGCUGCUAUGGCAUAUACCAUCAUGAAACUGCACAAAAAGCGCCUGGUGAAAAUGUCAUUAGAAGAUCUCCGAGAAUUCCUUCAGGAAAUGAUGUCUAAAAACUUUCAUUAUGAUGAUGAUGUUGUUAUUGAACAGCUGGAAAAGUCCAUGGUUGAGCUCAGAAAAUUGAAGCUUGAACUUCCUCCACCAGCAAAACCUGAUGAAUUUCCCAACAAACCAUUAGGCCAGGAAAUUUCUGUCACCUUAAUACCAGAGAAGAAUAACAUCAUGGCCAAUGGCAAGAAUGAAAAGGUUAAUUCUCUUUCAAAUGACUUCGAACCUGAUAAUGAGAUAGACAGAAAAACAGCAGAAAAAGGCUAUAUCCAGCCUUCUGUCCCUGAGCCUGUGGGAAAGAGUGAGGCUUCUUCUCCAGAAAAGAAUGAGAUACCAUGCCCACAGGAGAACUGCCCUCAUUUGGUGGAAAUUUGUGAAGCUCAAGCCCCAAUCUAUGAAAACUCCAGGUCUCCUGUAAAAGACCAAACCCAGUUACCAAAAGAAGAUGAAGCAGUGCUUUCAGAAAUAAGCCCACCUCCUAGCCCAAAAAAACAUUUAAAGCAGCCUCUUAAGAAGGAAGAUAUCCCGCCUGUUCAAUAUAGUGAGAAUUGUAUUGCAGAAAAUGACACAAUACCAAAUUUAAAAGAAGUUAAUUAUGUAGUUCCAGAAAAAGAAAGCACCAACUCUCCAGAAGAGAGCAUGAUCAAUUGUCAAGACAAGAGAAAAUUUGAGUAUACAGAAAGAACUGAAAUAGCUGAAACUCAAACUCCACAAGAACAAUCCUUAUGCUAUUCAGAAAAUAAUCAAGUUUUGGUACUUAAAAAUAUGGCUACAAAGUCUCCACAGAAAUACCAGGCACUUGCUUCAGAAUCAGUGGAUGAACAGUCGCUAGAUGAAGAACAUAACAGUGAUAAACCUCCUCCAUGGAGAAGUGAUGAACUGAUAGAUAUGGAAAACGGUGAGAAUACACCAUUACCUUUUCCAGAGCCUCCACCUCCAGUGGCAUUCUCUGAGGAAAUGCAUUUUUUGAUGGCAGAUCCAGAGGAAACAUUGCAUAUUUAUUCUGGCCCCAGUGUCCCUCAACAGUUGGAAGCACAUUCUCCUGUUCCUCAACUACUAUCUAUGCUCCCAGUGAAGCUCUCAUACCCAGAAAAGGAGAACUUAUCCUUCGGUGAUUUUGUGCAAGAAACUUCAAUUGAUUUGAACAGCACAGAACUAAAAGGUGUGGAUGAGUUCCAAAGUGAAAGACGGGUUUCAAAUGUUUCUCAGUAUGACAAUUUAUCGGAUACUGAGUAUAGGUAUGAUCAGAUUAUUUCAGAACCAAUGACUGAGAUUCCAAAUGAUGAAACCGAUACACUUGUUCAGAAAGAGCUUGUGUGUGCAGAACCAGUAGAACCUGCUGCCAGUGCACCUAAAUCAUUUUUGGCAUUAGAAUUAACAGAUAAACCACAACCUGCUGAACAGGAUUCAACUUUGUAUCAACAGGCUUGGGACAUUUACAGCCCUGAAAACCAUGCCAUGCCUUCCAAAUGUUCACCAACUGCGCACAAACAGGACCCUAUGAGAAAUGUAAAUUUCCAGGGCCCUGAGCAUCUGGUUGCUAUCAUGCAGACCUCGCCUGUCAGGCAGUGCUCAAAUAGCCCCUGUAAAAUAGUCAGGUCCAUGACUUCAGUUCAUGUGGCACAUGGAGCUGAACAAAAUCUUCUGAACUUCAAGCACAUGGCAUUGCCUGUACAGGAUAGCUCACAGUUGGUUGCAACCUAUGAUGAAAAAGGGAUCUGUACAAUAAGAGAGACUGACUCACCUGAAGUUAAUAUUCCAGUUACAAAUGUGAUAUUAGAUAAAACUGUGAGCCUGAUAAAAAUACCAACUCAUCCUAUUGUAUAUUCCCCUCCUACUGAUACAAAUGUGCAGCAAGAACAUGUCACAGUUCCAACAGAAAAUUUAGGCACAGAAAUUUGUUUGGCAAUACCUGCAGAGUCCCAAGAUUGUGAAUCUGCUACAUUAUGACAGCAGUCAUUCCAUUUUAACCAUAACACACAUGUACAACAUUUCACCAAUUACAAAGAUCAAAAGUUCCAAAAUACUACAAGCAUUUCAUUUCACAAUAGCAGCCAUACAUUUUCCAGUUAUUCAACUAAUUGGUUAAUUAUGCUUUAUUGAGGGCAACAUUACAGAAAUCUAUGCAAACGAUAUUUCAUAACUUCAUAAUGUUAAGACAUCAUUUUGUACAUCAUUCUUCUCAUCUCUCAGAAAAUAUGAAUUUCAGGUAAAUAUAUUUUAACAUUGUGUAAAAUCUUUUAUGAUUAUUUUUGGCCUACGUAAUUGUCGGUGAAAUACCUGUCUUGGAGCAGACUAAACUUUGUUUAAGCUGAUGCAUGGCCACCAUCAAAAUGCUUUGAAAAUUUGAAAGGGAGUGAGCAGGCUCACUAUAUGACACAUUGAAGCACAGUCUGUCACACAAGUAGCUUUUACAUGGUUUUCCCAAGUGGACUGAUUUUUUUCAUUCACAUCGUAAGAUGUAUGGUAAACAGGCAAUGCAGAUUGAAUUUCUUAGCGUUAUUUCUACCUUGCUUGAUUUUGAUACAUACUGGUCCACAGGAAUUACACUGAAACAAUAUAAUGCUUUGGCUGGAAAUGGUAACAUCAUGCACAGAUGAAAUUUUUUAGCUUCCGGAAUAUUGUACAAUUGUACUUUGAAGAAAAGAAGUUACAGAAUGUGCAUUCUUUACAAUAUCUUUGAAGUUGUUUAGUAAAUAUUAAAACAGUAGGAGUUUCUGACAUGUUUUGAGUUUCCUAUUUUUACAGUUUUUAAGGAUGUAAAAAAAAAUCAUUUAAGUAGCUGUGAUGUAAUACCUAAGGACCGGAAAUGUAGUUGUUUACUGUAAAUUUUAGAAGAAAAAUUUGGCACAGUAAUGCUGAAACUAUGCUUGUGAUUAGUUUUUUUUAUGAGGGGGAAAGAAAUUGAAGUCAUUCCCUGACAUUUGCUUUGCCUGUAAUUAUCCAUAUAACAUUUUGGUCAGUAUUGAAAAGCUUGUACUGUGUGACAUCAACUCAGGAAUAUAGUAUUCUUGCUUGAUGACCACUUGUAAACAGUGAUUAUUUGCAACUAGCAUAAGAGAAUGUGUAGUGGUACUCUGAGCAUACAAAAUGUUAGGUCUGUAAUAUGCAUUUUAGCGAAAGAAAUAUUAACCCUGAAAAUUGAAUGGAUGUAUUUAACUGAUGUGUGAUGUACAUAGUUUUUUUUUGUAAAGACUGUUUAAUUUUGCACUUUUUAUGAUAGGCAAGUUAGAUUUUUUUUAAAAAAGGUUUCAAUGAUGGGUUGAUAUGGGAAAAUAAUUUUUCUCUACUUGUUAAAAUUUGUAAAUUUACUUUUGCAGGGCCAUUUUUCUUUUCAUCUUAUUUGAAAACGUUGGAAACUUGGGAUAAUGUGGAAACAUUAUUUUGUGUCAUGCACCAACAAUGUUGUAAACAAAACUUUAAGAACGUCUUUGAUAUGUUGCAUUGUGUUUUGUAGCUUAAAUUUAACAUGGUGAAAAUAUUAUUGCAUAAAAAAUAUACUCUUGA